CUUCCCUAAUCUUAUGAGCCAUCAUUCACCUUCCUUCUCUUCUUCUCUCCUUUCUCCCUCACUCACGGCUGACCACGAACACCACCACCAUCAGCGGCAGCCCAGCCACGCAGCAGCAGGGCGCAGCCGCCUCCAGCAGCACCGUUUCCCCUACCAGCAGCUAGGCUGCGUUGUGCAGCCUGUGGACAGCAACUAGGCUGCGUUUGGACCCUUCAACCACCACGAACAGCCUCGGUUCACCAUCACCAGGCCGCCUGCCUUUUUCCCUGCACCGUGAGCAGCCACCACAGCAAGGCAGCCCCUCUUCUUCCCCACGAACAAUCACGAGCAGCAGUGGGCUGCGUGGCCAGCAGCGAGCAGGGCUGCGUGUUGCUCUCACAGCAGCCGGCUGCCCCUAGUGCCGCCAACUCCCCACCUUGGUCCUCCACCACCACAACAACCACCUACAAUCUUACCAUUUUCUAGUUCCUCCAUUGUUACCAGUUCAUAAGAGGAAAGUAGAACCUUUGUUGGAUGAUUUUUGUGACUUUUUGAUCGUGCAGUGACGUUUACAGGUAGUGAUUUCUACAGAGAAUAACCAGGAGCUGAGCAUUAUUAGCAGAAGAGGGAUAUUCCUUGUAACAAAUUGUUGGGGUUUAGUCAUUAAGCUAAAAUAAGAAGUAAUUGGUGAAGGCACGGAUAACUGGACACAUCAAUGAGUAACCAAACUCCAAUAUUCUUGAAUUUCUUGUUUUAAUAGCUGCCUGAAUUCUGGUUCAUUGUGGUUCAUCAGAAUUUCGAAGCCUUUUCGUUUAUAGAAUCAGCUGGUUCUUUGACUAUAGAAAUAUGUCUAUUUGUACCACUAAUCUGUUUCCUCGAGAUUGUCUUUCUUUUGGCUCUUCAAAAACCACCAUACAAAUUCAUCCACGAUAUGCUUCCCUUUCGGUUUCAUUGUCUAUGUUUCGUCAUGGAACACAACGUUUGCACCAUUGUGCUGCUUCAAUAAGGAAAUCUGAUUCAACAUCCAACUCUAAGCCCGACUCUAACUCGGACUCAAAGUCAAAGCCUAAGAGGAAAGGUCGUCCAAAGGAAACCCGAAAUUUAGAAGCCGAGAUAAACAAUACUUCAGAGGUUCCACCAUUGACAAUACCAAGAAAACCAAGGCGUGGUCAUAGGAGGGAAGCAGUUGCUGUUGAGGAUUUUGUACGUGGUUCACUUGAAAAGACAUUUGCUUCAAUUCGACAGCAAAAUCCUGAUUACUUUGUUAACAAAGAGCAAAUUCUUAGAGAAGGAAAUGCCAAGACUCGCCCUAGUGAUGGUAGUGAGGAUGACAAUGAUAUUGAUGAUGGUAUAAUAGAUGAACAUAUGGUUAUCGAGGAGGAGGAUCCAACUUGGCCAGUGGAUGCUGACGUGGGAUGGGGCACUAGGGCAUCAGACUAUUUUGAAAAGCACCCUAUCAAAAACAUUGUUGGAGAUGAUGGUAAUGAAAUUGAUUGGGAAGGUGAAAUUGAUGACAGUUGGGUUCAAGAAAUCAAUUGCCUUGAGUGGGAGAGUUAUGCUUUUCACCCAAGUCCAUUGAUCGUUCUUGUUUUUGAAAGAUACAACAGGGGAAGUGAUAACUGGAAACUUCUCAAAGAGUUGGAGAAGGCACUCAAGGUGUAUUGGAAUGCUAAAGAUAGACUUCCCCCUCGUGCAGUUAAAUUGGACAUCAAUAUUGAGAGAGAUUUAGCGUAUGCUCUUAAAGCUAGACAGUGCCCGCAAAUACUAUUUUUACGUGGGCAAAAAAUUUUGUACAGAGAUCACGAACUGAGAACUUCAGAUGAAUUGGUUCAAAUGAUUGCUUUCUUCUAUUAUGGAGCCAAAAAACCAGCAUGGGUUGAUGAAGCAGCUCUAGCUCGAUAGUUUCAGUUCAGAAAUUCAGGUGCACCAUCUCGACACGAAGUAUCCUCACCAGCGCAGAUCUCUCAUGAGGUGUUCUUUCUUUUUGUAAUUCAUAUCUGUUAUUUAGGUGUGAUGUGUAAGUGGGAGCCAAGGAUGCAGGGGGACCUAGGCGCCCUUCAAUGCCCGCACUUGAGGGGAUUGUGUUCAAAAAACGUUUUUACUUUUGAUCAGUGAAACAUAAUCCGCUAGUUAGUUUGACUUUUGAAUUCGCAAUUGGCUCCAAAUGGCUCAAAAAUAGCCUAAAACCGAUCUUAAUUCACUUUUUUUAUUCGUGAUUCGCGAGGCGACUAGCAAAUUAUGUGACACUGCUAUUGAUACAUUUUUUUGAUAAUAUUGCUUAUGUAUUUUUGGAUUGAACUUUUGUAUUUUUAUGACACUAGCAAAUUUGUGUUCCCAUUCACUCUUUCUUGAAUCCGCCAGUGACGGAUGUCAACACUUUGACGGAUUGCAAUAGCAGUGUAACAUCAUGUAUGGAGAUUGCUAGCGUUAUGGAUGAUAGUGGCGAAUAGACUACAAUCAACAUUAGGAGUGAUCGAGAAGGGUUUUCAUACUUUGUUGUAGGAAUUCGAACUCUUUGUAAUAUAUCAAUGCUAUGGGGAUAUUUGUAUGUAAAGGUUGAAGAUGUUUCUAUUUUGAUGCAUUGAGAUUUCCUAUUCUUAA